AUGUACAACAAUCGCGUGCUUCUUGGCAAUUGGUAUGAAGACAGGAUUGGCAAAUUCGCCUUGCAAAAAGACGGAAAUACGGAUUCAACUUAUCAAUCAGAUUACCGUGUAAUUGAAGGCUUAUCAGCUCAGGACAAUAGAGCACUUUUGUGGAAGUUAAGGGAUAACGCAGUGGUAAUAUGUACACAUAAUUGCAUUAUUAUGAUUAUUAUUAUUGACCGAUGUUAAAUUAUUAUUGCACUGACAUUGUUUACAGUCAUAUUGCUAAUAUUAUUGUAGUUACCGACGGAUUCGCUAAUCCGUAUAUAUUCGUUGAAUCGAUUAUGAAAAAAAAAAAAAAAACCUAUUCCCGUAUACCGUCAAUUGUAUAGAAAGAAUAGGUACAAGGGAUACACCGAACAAAAAAUGCAUCGAUUAGAUUUAAAAUAUUGUGUUCGGGGUAAAAUAAUAAGACAAACGGACAUACGUCACACGACGGGUGGGUUGUAGGAGAGUAGUUGGGAAGGUAUAUAGGGAAAAUUAAAUUUAUGUACACACAUUGCUAAUGAAAAACGAUUCUGAGCACAAUUCGGUCAUGCGUGUUUUGAAAGGCCGUAAUAUUUACGAUUUGAACAUAAUACAUUAGGUACAUUUUUCCGUUUUUACUACGUUUAUUUUCCCAUUUACCGUGAAUACCUUUAAGAAAAUCAAAAAAUUACUUUUUUAAAGUACCGCCCUAGUUAAAUUACUUUUCAGAGAAUGUGCUACACUGGAAAACCUGAGCAAAAAUUUACGGCGGAAAAAUUGUUCACCGAGAAAAAAAACAAUCGUACAACUACAAUACAUUCUUCGCUGCGAUCAAAAUCUUGCUACGAUUUUCAAGUGUAUCACCUUUUCUGAAAGUAUAUUUUUGCAGGGUUACCCUCUAUGUAUCUCUUAAGGAGGUAAUUUUUUGAUUUUCCUAGGAGUUUUGAGAAAAAAUCGCAAAACCCGAAGAAAACGGAACAAUUAUAAACCGAUAAUAAUAUUGUAUAAGCGCGCGUCUGGCGAACAUUUAAGACCCAUUUGAAUGUUUCGUGUUUUUAAAUAAUUAUUUGUUUAGGGUUUGCCGGUCGAAUCAUUCCGCGAACACGGUGCCCACAACGUCUACAAAAACAACUUGAGUUCCACGUACAACUUGAACUGUGCGAUCGCUUAUCAUUCGCCAUCGCCAAGGAGUUACCGAGGGGCGACCGGAUUAUGGGAACCCGAAAGGAAUUUGCUGGCCAAUUACGGGCCGGGACCCAGUAAAAUGGUCGAAAAUAAACGGCGAAAAUGGAACAGCGAGAACAGUACGAGUCCGAUUACCGAAUAUCAAUGUAGUUAUUCAAAGACGAACUAA